AUGAGGAGAGGUAUCGGGUUAAUCGCUCGUGACGUUACAGGUUCUUUGGAAGCCCUUGCAAACCCAUCUCCUCAGGCAAGUGAUACACUUCGGGCUUGUUCAACAUUUGUUAAUAGUAUUGGCGUAGCUUCUGACUCUGCGAUUGCGACAACUGCUACAACAUCCGGCUCAUCCGGCUUCACCUCGUCUUUGGACAGCUCGGCCACCGUUGCCACUACCACGACCGAAGCAGUGACUCCUGCAGACUCUACCACUGAGGCGACCACGGUUACUCAAGUAGACACGGCUACUGCCGAUACGACCACUUCCGAUGAUGUCCUUUCGGAGACGACCACUCUUGUUACAUCAGUCGCUACCACUGAGGAAGCUUCUGCUACUGUCGCGGAUGCCACAGCUGAGACCACGACAACUUCAGACGCUGUCACUACUUCUGCCGAGAUCACAGAGGCUCCCACCACCACCGAAGCUACAACUAUUGCAGCCCCUACCACCACCACCGUGCCAAUGUUCCGCCUCGGCGCUAAGCUCACCUUCAACAGUCUUUCAGGCUAUCACGAAGCAUUCAUCACCGUCGAUUCCACUACUGGCCACUUGCUUCUUGAUGGCCAGAAACCUAUUUGUGGCUGGACUCCUGGUGAUGGCACCAGUGCACUCGUGGUCUGCAGUGACAAUAUGUCAGCGCAAGAGAAGUUCAUCACCUGCGAGGCACCUACCAGUCGUCAGUUGGAGUGCACUGUGCCUGAACUCUUUUGUAGCAUGUUUACAGGCUGUACUGCUACAGGAAACCUUUGGGGCACUACAUACAUUGGGGCCUCUGGCGGUACUGGUGUCGAUCCUUUGUUCCUUGGUCCUGACUACAGUCAAGGAAACACGGCUGUACCCCUGUUGAUUGUACACAGCUCGGACUAA